UAGCGAGGCGGAGCGUGGGGCGAUGGCGCUUAUUUGCGGUCGGGACUGGAAUGGCUGAUCAAUCGUUUUGAUGCUUCGAAUGCCAUGAAAAUCUUGCUGCAUCUAGCCCCCGUUUUGCUACCGCUCUCAUUCUAGGAGUAUCUAGGCGCUCUUGGAUUCAUCAUGCCAGUAUUCAGCGCGUCCGCGUUGGUUUCACCCAGCGCAUUCUCGACCUCGCGCUGGCUUGCUGCGAAUAUCGUGGCUAGCAGCUCCGAGAGGAAGAAUGUGAAGUCUUUCGCCAAGAAGACUUUGCAAGGUGAUUCAAUCGUGAUUGAGAUCGCUGAUAAAAAGCGAUUGGAUCGUUUUGGAGCAAGACACGAGAAGACCAGACAAGAAACACAGUACAAGGCUGGCGAUUCUCGGAAGUUUAAAGGACCAGCUGAUCCAAAGGAAUCGACCAAAGAGGAGGUUUCGUCAGGGUAUGUUCCGCUUCCAAGCAGGGGUGACAAGUUUUUGGAGGAGCAGAAAGUCAGAGACCAAGCUCUGGUAGAGAAACUGGCCGCAAAGCGUGAAAAGAAGAAGGGGAAGUCACAGGUGGUCAAGCUAAAAUCUCUCGAGCCUUGCUGCUAUGGUUGCGGUGCAGUUCUCCAGUAUACGCAAGAAAACACUCCUGGAUACAUCAAUGCCGAGACGUAUGAAUUGAAAAAGAAGCACCAUCAGCUAAAAUCUGUGCUCUGUAGCAGAUGCCAACUGAUGUGCCAUGGAAAGCUUAUACCUGCCGUCGGUGGCUACGGCAUCUAUGGACGCGAGAAAGGUUUUGUGACGGCGGAGGAAUUGCGUGCGCAAUUGGCACAUAUACGCGAGGAAAGAGUAUUGGUGUUGAAACUCGUUGACAUUGUGGAUUUCAGUGGCAGUUUUCUUACCCGUGUUCGCGAUCUCGUCGGGAAUAAUCCAAUUGUUUUGGUGGCGACCAAGGUCGAUCUUCUUCCUGAAGGUACAGACUUGGCAGCUGUUGGCGACUGGAUUGUAGAGUCUACACAACGAAAGAAACUGAAUGUAAUCAGUGUGCAUUUGACGAGCGCGAAGUACUUCAUGGGCAUUACAAAUAUUGUCAAAGAGAUUCACCGCGAAAGACAGGGACGUGAUGUCUAUAUACUGGGAGCAGCCAACGUCGGUAAAUCCGCAUUCAUCAGCUCUCUGCUCAAAGAAAUGGCCGCUAGAGAUCCAAUUGCAGCGGUAGCAAGGAAACGCAAGCCAGUUCAGUCAGUUUUACCUGGCACUACAGUCGGCCCAAUCUCAAUCGAUGCUUUUGCUAGUGGAGGGAGCAUGUACGAUACUCCUGGGGUUCACCUUCACCACCGUAUUGAGACUGCUAUCUCCCCAGACGAUCUUCCAUCACUUUUUCCAGCUCGUCGUCUUCGAGGCUAUGUAGUCUCACCGAUUCUUGAACGGAAGGGCCCCGAGUCCAUAUUUUCAGAAGCUCUGAAGCAAGCGGAGAAGGACGAGGUGAUAUCGAACGUACAGGACCUUACCGGCACUACUAUGUUCUGGGGAGGCAUCGCAAGGAUCGAUGUCUUGAAGGCUCCUCAAAACACCCGGUUGACGUUCUAUGCCUCAGCAGCACUGCGGGUACACAAAGUCCUCACAUCCGAAGCUGACGAGUUCUAUAAAAGAGAACUUGGAAAGACUCUAGUCCCACCAUCCGAUGAGAGAGCUUCGGCAUGGCCCGGUUUAGAUCACCGAAACAAGUUCACUUUCGAUUACGAUGACACCAGACCUGUCGGAGACAUUGCGAUAUCGGGUCUCGGCUGGAUGAGAAUGGAGUUCCUCCAAACGGAAAGUGGAGUUGAAGACUCCUUGGAACUGGAGGUUUAUGUCCCCCGGGGAAUUGAGGUUUUCCGUCGGCCGGCUAUUCCAGUGGGUGCCAACACGCACUCAUGGUACUCGUUCUCAGAGUUGACGGCGGAGCAGGAGAAAACGAGGCCGAGGCUCUACUACAGUGAACACAGGGGAUUGUAGUUUGCAGUUAGUACUUGCGGCGAUACAGUGUAGCGACAAACAUUCCGCUCAGAAGAGUUCCCAGCAACCAGGAUUCCUGUGAUGGUCCCGAA